AUGGUAGACUCAGAAGAGGAGGAAGCUAUGGAAGAAAUAACAUUUAAAAGUGACACCGUGCUGUCUCAUGUGCAACUAAAUACCCCAAACAGAAGGCACCUCAUGGUGCGUCUGAAUGCUGUUGGCCAACCUGUUUUUCUGUCACAAUUCAAACUUCUGUGGAACAAAGAAUCUUGGAAAGAUACUCAAGUUCAGGGUAAAAACCAAAAAGACAUUCAAAUAGAAAAUACAGUACAUGAAGACAGAAGUAUUCAGGAACACUGUGGCAAGAGUAGCAAUUCUGUCGAUUUUCUGAACAAGAAUGAAACUCAAACUUGCCCUUCUAUAAGAAUAGAAGCUCUAUUGGAUGAUGAUGGUGACUUGGAAGUGGUGAGAAGACCACGGGUUUUCUCUGAAACAGAACAAAAAGAGCUAUCAAGAAAUAAAAUACAUCCUAAAAUCCUAACCCAGGGAGCAGAAAAUUUCAAUGAAGAAGAGCAAGAAAAUAUCCACCACAACAUGGUUAAAAUAGAGCACACCAUGGCCACCCCUCUGGAAGAUGUUGGCAAACAGGUGUGGCGAGAAGCUUUCCUUCUAGCUGACUACAUCCUGUUCCAACGUGAUCUGUUCAAAAGUUGCACUGUGCUUGAGCUUGGGGCCAGCACCGGAAUUGCCAGCAUCAUCACAGCAACUGUUGCUAAGACUGUUUACUGCAUAGAUGUGGGUGAAGAUCUCCUGGCUAAGUGCCAAUGGAAUGUUGCCCUAAACCGGAACCUGACUGCAACUGGAGGAGGUGCAGUUAAGAUGAUUAAAGAACUGGAUUGGCUAAAAGAUGACUUGUGCACUGAUCCUCAAGUUCCUUUCAGUUGGUCUGAAGAAGAAAUUUCUGACUUAUAUGCUCAUACUACUAUCAUAAUGGCAGCUGAUGUUUGUGAUGAUGACCUCACAGAUGCUUUAUUUAAAACACUCUACAGAAUUACUCACAAUUUGAAAAAUAUUUGUACAAUCUACUUAUCAAUAGAGAAAAGGAGCUCUGGAAGAUCGUUGCUGCACUAA